UAAAAAAUAUACUGCGUUUUCUUUUCAACAAUAACAAACAUUUCCGAGAACUUGUAAAACAUAAGAUAAGAAUGCAGUGUCUGUGUGAGACCGAGUGCCAAUGUACUUUACUUGCAUUACACUCAUUAAUGCCACUUUUUACUCUAAUUAACCAAAUUACUAAGGGUCUAGUUAACAUGAAAACACUUGAGCGUGGUUAGAUAGUAAGAUGGUGUAUAAAAGCCCUUGUAGGUUGGUCCAGCUACAAUAAUUACAAAGCGAAAGCGGUAAAGUAACAUAGUGCCCUAGUUAGUUAUCCUUUCUACCAAAACCGUGCUAAACAUGAUAUCUUUUCAUAUUAAACUUGUAGCCUUUGUGGCUGCAGCAAUCACCAUUGCAUCCUCAAAUGCCCAACACAGAGAUCUGCGUCCAAGUUGCAACAGUCUAGCUGAAGGCGUACAUCUAGUUGAUCCUUCCAGAUGCGACGGCUAUUACGUCUGUACGAGGGGCAGAGCCGUUCAUUAUAGCUGUCGCUUUGGUCAAUUCUAUGAUGAACUCAGCCAGUCGUGCAAAUUGUCCAAUUUGGUUAACUGUUUAAAUUUUCGAGGCGUAGGCUUGCGUGUUACGGCAAGUGUAGAAAACCGUCUACAGCCCACAACAACUCCUCCUUGUGAAUCCACUACAACUCCUUGCAACCAACCACUGACCACCACCUGUGAACCAGAAAAAACAACGACACCUUCCUGUGAACCAGAGAAACCAACUACCACCCCUCCUUGUGAACCAGAGAAACCAACUACGACUUCUUGUGAACCAGAGAAACCAAGUACGACUACUCCUUGUGAACCAGAGAAACCAACUACUCCUUGUGAACCAGGGAAAUCAACUACUCCCUGUGAACCAGAGAAAACAACUACCACCUCUCCUUGCGAACCAGAGAAACCAACUACUCCUCCUUGUGAACCAGAGAAACCAACUACUCCCUGUGAACCAGAGAAACCAACUACUACUCCUCCUUGUGAACCAGAGAAAACAACUACUCCCUGCGAACCCGAGAAACCAACAACUACUCCCUGUGAACCAGAGAAAACAACUACCACCACUCCUUGCGAACCAGAGAAACCAACUACUCCAUGUGAACCAGUGAAGCCAACUACUCCUUGCGAACCAGAGAAACCAACUACUACUCCUUGUGAACCAGAGAAAACAACUACUCCCUGCGAACCCGAGAAACCAACUACUACUCCCUGUGAACCAGAGAAAACAACUACCACCACUCCUUGCGAACCCGAGAAACCAACUACUACUCCCUGCGAACCCGAGAAGCCAACUACUACAUGUGAACCAGUGAAGCCAACUACUCCCUGCGAACCAGAGAAACCAACUACUCCCUGUGAACCAGAGAAAACAACUACCACCACUCCUUGCGAACCCGAGAAACCAACUACUACUCCCUGCGAACCCGAGAAGCCAACUACUACAUGUGAACCAGUGAAGCCAACUACUCCCUGCGAACCAGAGAAACCAACUACUACUCCCUGUGAACCAGAGAAAACAACUACCACUCCUUGUGAAUCAGUGAAACCAUCUACCACUCCUCCUUGUAAACCAGUGGAAUUAACUACCACUCCUUGUGAAUCAGUGAAAUCAACUACUACCCGUGAACCAGAGAAGACAUCUACCCGUGAACCAGAGACGACAUCUACCCUUGAACCAGGGAUAGAAACUACUCCUCCCUCAUUAGCACCUCCACAACGUAUUCCCAGACCUCUUGUGACCUUCAUGAGCUUUUCUAAGGAAGACUGUCACACCAGGACAGAUGGCACUUUCCUUCAGGACGCAAUCCACUGUCGUCAAUACUACGAGUGUCAGGGCGGAGUACGUCUGUUACGCAGAUGUCGAAUUGGCAAUUGGUUCGAUGUCGAAGCUGGAGAGUGUCGAAGAAGUAGGCUUGUGCUCAACUGUCCUGCAAACCGAAAUUAAUGAAUUUUUCAAAUAACUUUGGCAUUUUUUGAUAUAUAUGAUAUAAUACAAAUAAUUGAAUAAAAUUUAAUAUAUUAUUAAACA